AUGCCAGGUUCUCAAAGUGCAACUGUCCUAACAGGAAGCAGUGCUAAUAGCUAUUGCAUACUGGAUGGUAAUGAUUCGCAGAAUGCAGAUAUGAUGGAGUUUGACGACGGUUCCGGUCCAGCAGAUCCACGACUUGAAAAGCAACAGCAGCAGUUAUUGCAUGCUGAUUUUUAUAAUGAUUUCGUAUGCUUUCUGCUGUUUGUUUUUACUCUUGCCUAUAAUCUAAAUCAGUCCCAGGAAGUUAUCCGAAAUCGUAUAAAAUAUGAUCGCGAAGUGCCCAUAGGUAUAUUCCGUGGAGGAAGAAUGAGCAUCGAGAACGAAUUACGAAUUGGUAGGAAAGGCAAGGAUCAGGAAAGACAUCUGAACGACGAUGAUGAAUUGCCUGGUGAACCGGAUCCAGAUACAGUCUUUAAAUUGGGUGAAAUUGGGAAUUUUGAACCAAAAGAGAUACAGUGGCAGCCAGGAAAUUAUGGGGAAAUGGGUGAACCAGUUAUUGUAGAUAAAACUUUGCCGGAAGUUAUGAGAGCGAUGAGAGAAUAUGGUUUCAACACUUAUGUCAGUGACAUGAUUUCCUUAAAUCGAAGUAUUCCCGAUAUAAGGAUGAAUGAAUGCAAAUAUUGGCAUUACCCGGAAGAUUUACCCACCGUAAGUAUUGUCAUUGCUUUUCAUAACGAAGGUUGGACACCAUUGCUACGCACUGUUCAUUCUGUUUUAUUACGUUCUCCACCACAUUUGAUCAAAGAAAUCAUUCUGGUUGAUGAUUUUAGUGACAAAGAACAUCUAAAAGGUCGUUUGGAUGUUUACCUAAAGCAGUUCAAUGGAAAAGUGAAAUUAAUCCGGAAUGCUGAGCGCGAAGGACUUAUUCGCACACGGAGUAUAGGAGCAAAAGAGGCAGUUGGUGAUGUAAUCAUAUUUCUGGAUGCACACUGUGAAGUAAACAUUAAUUGGUUACCUCCACUUCUGGCACCAUUACGUUACAACCGAAAAGUUAUGACAGUACCAGUUAUAGAUGGUAUUGACAAAGACGAUUGGUCUUAUCGGAUAGUUUACAGCUCUGUAGAUAGACAUUACCGUGGUAUAUUCGAGUGGGGACUUUUGUACAAAGAAACCGAGAUACCGGCGCAAGAGUUGACACGAAGAAAACACAAAAGCGAACCAUUCAGAUCUCCAACUCAUGCAGGUGGAUUAUUUGCCAUUAAUAAAAAGUGGUUCGAAGAACUGGGUUAUUAUGAUCCUGGAUUGCAAAUAUGGGGAGGCGAACAAUAUGAAUUAUCCUUCAAAAUCUGGCAAUGCGGAGGCGGAAUUUUGUUUGUACCAUGUUCUCAUGUUGGUCAUGUGUAUCGGUCACAUAUGCCGUACGGUUUCGGGAAACUCUCCGGAAAACCAGUUAUUUCAACUAAUAUGCUUCGUGUCAUAAAAACAUGGAUGGAUGAAUAUGACAAGUAUUACUACAUUCGGGAACCGUCGGCAAAGCAUCGCUUACCGGGUGAUAUAAGUUCGCAACUUGAGCUUAGGAGAAAUUUGAAUUGUAAAUCAUUUAGAUGGUAUAUGGAAAAAGUUGCUUACGAUGUUAUUGUAUCUUAUCCCCUUCCACCAGAAAAUCACGUCUGGGGUGAAGCGAAAAAUCACGCUACGGGAAAAUGCAUUGAUACGAUGGGCCGACCUGUGCCAGGUAUUGUUGGCGCAACUCCAUGUCAUGGUUAUGGUGGGAAUCAGCAUCUUGUCUCAUUCGAAGAAAUGUCAGCUGUUCUCGAAAAUAAUCUACAUAGGUUUUAUUUCAAAGGUGCUCAAUUCAAAGAACGCAGCACGGCUAAAGGCUUGGUAGCAGUUAUAACAGGUUGUAAUUGUGGUAUAGGAAAACAGAUUGUACGAGAGCUAAACCUUCGUGGAGCAAAGGUAUACAUGUUGUGUCGCAGUGAGAAUCGAGCUCAGAAUGCUGUCAUUCAACUUGUUAAGCUUGGUUGUAAUCCACAGAGAUUGCUGGUUAAAGUGGUUGACCUUGCUCGGUUCAAAUCAGUCAAGGCAGCUGCAGCAGAAAUAAUAGAAGAAGAGGAUCAUUUGGAUAUUCUAAUCAAUAAUGCAGGUAUUAUGUUAUAUCCAAAGUUUAAGCUGACGGAUGAUGGUCAUGAACUGGUUUGGCAAACAAACUAUCUCGGACAUUUCUUACUCACUGAAUUGCUUCUACCUCUUCUUCGAGCUGCACCAACUGCGCGUAUUAUCAAUGUUUCUGCAUUAGCGCAUUUCUAUGCCGAUCCUAUUGAUUUACAACUGAUUGAUCGUAGAGAAGGUUGGGAUUCGAGACAGUCAUAUUCGAAGUCGAAACUUGCUAUGGUGAUGCAUGCAUUUGAAUUGACUAGACGAUUACGAGAAUGUGAAGGAUCGCAUGUUACGAUAAAUGUAUGUCAUCCUGGACUGUGCAAUACACGACUAAUGCGCUAUAUACCACUAGUACAAAAGCCACUGAAUUAUAUCACGGCACCAUUCAGUUAUAUUGUUAUUUUUAUGUCUUCUAGAUGGUAUUUGCUGAAAACUCCGAAGGAUGGAGCCCAAACCCCGCUUUUUUUGGCUUUAUCGAAAACUGUAACUGGUUCUUCAGGACUUUAUUACAGUGAAUGUGUACCCAAAGCAUUCAUUGAAAUGGCGGAUUGGGAAGAGAAAUGUGCCGAGUUAUAUGAUUAUUCGAUGCAUGCUGUAGGCCUUGAUGUUAAAGAUUGA